CCACUACCUGGGUGUCCUUUCAUUGCUAUUAUCACUGCCACUUCGAGUUUUCCCAUUUCCUAUUCUCUGCUUCUUCCAAAGGACACCAGCCACUGCCACUUGAUCAUUAUCGUCUUAAUUUCUAGAUUAGCGGAAGUAAUACUCUGUGCUCCGAAACCCUACCCUUAUGAAAAUUACAAUUACUGCAAGCUCUUGGUUGAUUCACGAUUAUUCAGAUUCUGCUGCAAUGUGAAACUGUGGAGUGUGGAGAAGGAGAAUGGCUGAAAGCUGAAGCUGAGUCGUGCAGAAUCGCUGAGUGGGAAAUGAAAAAAUGAUGCACUAUUUUCUCAUUUCUAGGUUUGCUUCUUCCUUCCCAAUCCCAAACUGCAGCCAAUUGAAUUUCGUUCGACAAAAUGCUUUCCUUUUCUUCACGUCAUCGGCUACCUUUUCUGAACCAAAACGUAAUCAACACCAAGAUGACAACUUUACGGUCUCUUACCUCAUCACCUCAUGUGGGUUGUCCCCCGAAACCGCUGCACGAGUGUCCAGUAAUGUACGAUUGAAAACCCUAGAUAAAUCAAAUGCGGUCCUGGAUCUUCUCAAGAACUUCGGAUUCUCCAAAAACCAGAUUGCCAAAUGUGUGCAGAAAAUACCCUCGCUGCUUAAUGUUAAAGCAGAGAAGACCCUUUUGCCCAAACUCAAGUUCUUCCGCUCUAUUGGGAUUUCAAACAUUGAUUUCCCAGAAUUCAUCAUUUAUAAUCCUGCACUCUUGAAAAGGAGCUUGAACAAGUGUCUUAUCCCUCGUUAUAAGAUCCUCAGGAGUGUUGUUCGUAAUGAUGAGGAAGUUGUUAGAGCUUUGAAGGGCAGGGCACUUUGGUACAAUGAUAUGAUGAAUGAUUUGGUUCCAAACAUUAGUGUUUUGAGAGAGUCUGGUGUGCCUCAGGCUUCCAUCUCUCACUUGGUGAUUUUUCACCCAUUUUCGGCGUAUAAGGAACAUUCAAAAUUUGUGCAAGCUGUCGAGUUAGCUAAGGAUAUGGGGCUUGAUCAUUUGAAAAGAAUUUUUGUCAGUGCUAUCCGCGUGCUAAUCAGUCUGGACAAUUCACAGUUGGAAUCGAGAUUAGAGGCUUUCAAGAAGUGGGGUUGGUCUCGCGAAAUCACUCUGUCAGUAUUUAGAAAGUAUCCAACUAUUAUGUCCUAUACAGAGGAGAGGAUUACAAAAUCAAUGAAUUUCCUGGUGAAGGAUAUGGGUUGGCCGCUGGAUGAUAUUGCUAGAUUCCCUGCGGCUCUAGCCUACAACUUUGAGAAGAGGAUUGUCCCCAGAUGUGCUGUGAUUAAAAUCUUGAAAUCAAAAGGUCUGCUAGGGAGUUGCUUUGGCUUGGGUUCCUUUAUGGCCAUGAGCGAGGAAAACUUUUUGAAGACGUUUGUGACUGAAUUUCUGGAUGAUGUGCCUCUCCUACUGGAUGUAUAUCGAGGUUUGAUUGAUCAUCAAGAUGUACGAUAGUCUUUGAAGGUUUUUACAGGCUAUUCUUGUUACUUCCAAUUUCACUACUUUGGUUCUAGAAUUGUAGUCCAUUUCAUCACUAAGUUAGACUUAAAAGAGUUUUUUAUGCUUUCACUUUUUGUGUGACGAGUUGAGUUGCACUUUUUUUGUGGUAAGAGGACUUUUUUGAGUCAUUGAUUUAUAGCAUGCUAAUUCCAUAAUCAAGUAGCAAAGACAACUUACAUAUCAUUUUCAGCUUUAUUGUCUUGGUUUAGUUUCUUAUUUUGAUAGCGUAAACACACUGAGAGAAGAGUGUCUUUGUUUUGUUGGCCAACGGUAGUACUGAUGUCUUUUUUCUUGAUC